GAAUCAGUGAAGUAAAGAGAUGAAAUUUUAGUACAAGGAAUUAUAAAUAUCUGUAAAAAGUGGACUUUUAUAUAGUUAUACGGCGUUAUUGAUUGGCAUAUUUUACAAACCGGCGUCGCUCGAUGAUAUGGACUCGUCACCUCCUCUCCUCUUCUUCGCGGUCCUGGCAGGCAUGGUCUUGUUUGGGGCUGCUAAACCACCACACAUCAUAUUCAUUGUGGCCGACGAUUUGGGAUGGAACGAUGUUGGCUGGCACAAUGACCAGAUGUUCACGCCCAACCUGGACAAGAUGGCCCGUGCCGGCGUUAUCCUCAACUCCUCAUACGUACAGCCCGUCUGUACACCGUCAAGAAAUUGCUUCAUGACUGGAUACUAUCCCUUUCACACUGGACUUCAGCAUGAGGUCAUUCACCCGUCCCAUCCCGGGUACCUGCCGGCAAACUUCACCACGUUACCCCAGAAACUGAAGCAGCUGGGAUACACCACCCACAUCGUUGGAAAAUGGCACUUGGGUUUUUGCGACUGGAAGUACACUCCAACGUACCGUGGGUUUGAUUCCUUCAUGGGCUAUUACAACGGCGCUGAAGAUUAUUUUACACACAUCAGAGAUAAUGGAUAUGACUUCCGGUUCAACACAUCCGUGCACCAUCCACCGGAAGGAGAGUACUCGGCGAAUGUGAUAUCUGCGCGGGCAGUGGAGAUACUGGACUCUGUGGACCCAGUGCGGGACCAGCUCUACCUCUAUUUGCCCUUCCAGUCCGUGCACGCCCCACUUGAGGUUCCUGAACGCUAUGAAAACAUUUAUGCAAACAUUUCAACGAAAAGCAGGCGUCAAUACUGUGGCAUGGUUUCUGCACUGGACGAAGCGGUCGGGAACAUCACUUCCGCAUUGAGAGACCGGGGAUUCAUGGACAAUGCUCUUAUCGUCUUCACCACUGACAACGGCGGGCCGACUUUCACGGCCGCGAACAACCUGCCGCUUCGAGGCGCCAAGACGACGCUAUGGGAGGGAGGUACACGAGGGGCGGCCUUUGUAUACAGCGACAACCUCCUCCAGAACGACGGAUACACCAACAACGAAAUGAUUCAUGCUGUGGACUGGUUUCCAACACUUCUCACACUGGCAGGAGGAAAACCAGACGCUGGUAUGGACGGGGUGAACCAGUGGCCCACCGUCAGUUCCGGGGCUCCUUCCGCACGCUCGGAGUUCGUCUAUAACAUCGACGACAUCUCCAAGAAUGCAGCCAUCAGGGUUGGCCAGUAUAAGCUGAUUGAAGGCUCUCCUGGCAACCAUAACGGCUGGACGCCACUGCCGCCACUAGAAGCUUCAGACAUGUUCAAUGUUUCCUUUCCAGAGCAUCAACUGUUCGACCUUCAAGCGGACCCGACGGAGCACCAUGACAUAGCAAGUGACAACCCAGAUGUUGUUUCCAAACUGCUUGGCAGACUCAGUUUUCACAAGGCGACCAUGGUACCCGCCAACUUCCCGCCCGCAGACCCCGCGUCCGACCCCAAAAACUUUGGUGGCAACUGGUCACCAGGGUGGUGCUAGGGUGGCCCAACAUUAUGAUACUCAUUUUGCAUGGUGUUUAUUUGGAGAUAGA